AUGGAUUCUGAUGAUGAACCUAUUACAUUGUCAGCGCAUGCAUUAGCGGCCUUAAUGGAAUUUAAAAAGGAAGAAAAUGAUAGAAUAGAAAGAUUUGAAUCUUUACAGAAAGCCGCUCAAGAUCGAUUUGAAAAGCAACAAAAAAUAUCAAUUGAUGAAUUUAAAGAAGAUUGGCAACUUUCCCAAUUUUGGUAUACUGAUGAAACCGCUGCUAUACUAGGAAAGGCCCUUCUUGAAGGAGCUGAUGAAGAUACUGUGAUUGCUAUUGCUAGUGCUCCAUCAGUUUAUGCGGCCAUUAUAAAUUUCCCUCCUGAAGAAAUUCCAACAAAACAUAUAUAUUUACUUGAAUAUGAUACUAGAUUUGAAGUAUUAGGAGGAGAUCAUUUUAGUUUUUAUGAUUAUAAUGAACCAAGUAAAGUUCCAGUUCAUCUUCAACAUAAAUGUCAUCGACUUUUAAUUGAUCCACCAUUUUUAGAAGAAGAAUGUCAAACCAAAUCAGCUCAAGCUGCAAAAAAUCUUUUAGUAGAAGAUCAUAAUGAAAAGACUAAGAAAGGUGAUUUAAAGUUUAAAAUCAUAUCAUCAACCGGAGAAAGGAUGCGUGAAGUUGUUAAAAAGAAUUAUCCUGAUACAACUUUAACUAGUUUCUUACCUCAACAUAAGAAUGGAUUAAGUAAUGAAUUCAGAUGUUAUGCAAGUUUUGAAUGUUCUCAUUGGAAAUUUGAAUAG